GCUGCAGGAGCUCUCAGGCGGCCAUGCACCGCUGGGCUGAGACCCCACGCAGGCUGGCCCAGGAGGACCGACGAGGGGCACGGUCACCCAUCCCGAGCCGGCACCUGGAGGUCAGCCGGGCGGAUCAGGGUCAGGCCGAAGACGCCACAGGAGUUUGUGGGACGGUGCGGAUUCGAUCUACACGGCGCGGCAACACGAGACAAAACCAAGGGAACAGGGAAGCGCCCGUAGGACUGGCUGCUCUGCGGGACAAAGGUCCCCGAUCGCUGCUGUGGGCAGGGCCAGAGAACUCCGCUGCCAUUGGCCCGGGCGCGCUCCGAGGCCGGCCUCCCCUCGGCCUCGGCCCGCAGCCUCCCAGAGCCCCCAAGCCCCACGGCUCGGCAGCGCCAUGGCCCGCAGCCUGGAUGCGGCGCGGCGCUUCCUGCAGCGGCUGGAGGCACGCGGCGGCCGCGAGGGGGAGGCCCUGGCUCGCGAGUUCAGCGACAUCCGAGCCUGUUCUGCCACCUGGAGGACUGAUGAUGUGUGUUCCACAGAGGUGGGCAGUCUGCCCAGCAAUGUGAGGAAGAACCGCUACAAAGAUGUGGUGCCAUAUGAUCAGACACGAGCGAUUCUCUCUCUGCUUCAGGAGGAGGGCCAUGGUGACUACAUCAAUGGCAAUUUCAUUCGGGGUGCAGACGGAAGCCAGGCCUACAUCGCCACACAAGGACCCCUGCCUCACACUCUGCUAGACUUCUGGCGCCUGGUCUGGGAGUUUGAGGUCAAGGUGAUCCUGAUGGCAUGUCGAGAGACAGAGAAUGGGCGGAAAAAGUGUGAACGUUACUGGCCCCAGGAACAAGAGCUACUACAGAUUGGGCCUUUCUGCAUCACUCUGGCAAAGGAAACAACACUGAAUGCAGACAUCAUCCUGAGGGUCCUCACAGUCAUAUUCCAGAAGGAAUUCCGUUCUGUGCACCAGCUGCAGUAUAUGUCCUGGCCAGACCGUGGGGUCCCCAGCAAUCCUGACACCAUACUCACAUUGAUAGAGGAAGCCCGACGCCUCCAAGGAUCUAGUCCCAGACCCCUAUGUGUCCACUGCAGUGCUGGCUGCGGGCGAACAGGUGUCCUGUGCAUUAUUGAUUAUGUGAGGCAGUUGCUCCUGACCCAGAUGAUCCUACCCAACUUCAGCCUUUUUGAUGUGGUCCUUGAGAUGCGGAAGCAGCGGCCUUCAGUUGUGCAGACAGAGGAGCAGUACAGGUUCCUGCACCACACAGUGGCUCAGAUGUUCUACUCAGCACUCCAGAAAACCAGCCCCCAGUACCAGAACGUCAAGGAGAAUUGUGCUCCACUCUAUGAUGAUGCCCUCUCCCUCCAGACUUCCCCAGCCCUUCCUGCCAGCCCCUGCCCACCUGGCAGGGUCCUCAGGAGCAGCUCGUUGCCGGCUACGCAGACCCUGGCUAUGGCCGACGCCUACGCAGUGGUGCAGAAGCGCUGUGCCCGCGGCGCCGACCUGGAGCGACGGGAGGGCAGCACGGCCGAAACGCCGCUCUAUAGCCAGGUGACACCGCGGGCGCAGCGGCCGGGGGUACACACAGAGGAGGCACAGGGGACGCUGCCCAGCAGCUGUCCUGCUGACCAAAGCCCUGCUGGACCUGAUGCUUAUGAGGAUGUGGCAGAUGGAGCUCAGACUGGUGGGCUAGGCUUCAACCUGCGCAUCAGAAGGCCGAAGGGACCCCGAGAGCCCCCUGCAGAGUGGACCCAGGUGUGAGUGCUGCUCCUGUGCCUGCCUCUUGCUCCAAAAGAGUACUUUGCUACCAGUCACAGCUCUGCCUUUUGAUGUGUUAAGAAUGAGAAUGCUGGAUCAAAACAAGAUUCUCAGGGUGGGACAUGUGAAGGCUUUGCCUCAUUGAUUACUGCAGUGGGGGGGGAGCUGCAAAUGCAUACAUUGAAUCUGUAACCCCCAGUGUGAUACUAUUUGGACUAAGUGACUUUGGGAGGCAAUUAUAUUUAGAUGAGCUCAUAAGGGUGGGGGCCCAUGAUGAGAUUAGUACCCUUCUAAGAAGCAAUAUCAGAUCAGAAAGCCUGCUUCUCCUUUCUUUUCCUGCCACGAGAGCAUCCAUCUAGGUAGCACUGUAACAAACCAAUCAGAGGUUCUCGCUAGAACCUGACAUGCUGGCACCAUGAUCUUGGCUUAGGAGAAAAUAAAUUAUGAGAAUUAUGAGAAAAUAAAUUUCUGUUAUUUACACUA